AAAAGAAGCAGAGGAAGGAGGAAGAAAAUAUGGGCAACAUCCUCCUUGAAAUUGUUCUGUCGGUUUAAUGAUUAUGGUACGAUAUCCUUGUUCGGUGUGUUGGUACUAACAACUCUCCGCCCACAUUUAACAACACCGAGUGGGACGGGAGGAAAAACAAAACGAACAAUAACAGAAGAACGUUGAGCUGCAGGGGUUAGGUUAGCAGUAGUGCAGUGUUGGGAGGGAGCUAAGGCAAGUCGGACUCGGCUUUUGCUUAAUAGAUUUGAAUUCAGAAAGGAAAUGCUUCGGUGAUUUACAGUCCAUGGGUGAUGGUUUUUGUUGAAGAGCUAUCCAAUACUUCAAAGUCAACAUGCUGGCGUAGUGGAAUCCCAGCCUUGGUAGCAGCACUUUGACCCUUGUUGAACUUGCUGCUCUAAGGCUUGGGAAUUGUCUCCGUCAUGAAAUCCAGUAUUAAGCAAUGGAAGCAGCUGGUUCUUAUUGGAAUGCUGGCAUGGGUCCUCAUCAUCCUGGCCCUGUUUACCUACUUCAUGGACCUCCAUAUGGAUGAGCUGCAUGCUUCAGUCUCCCUAACAUACUUUGAGACUGGAAGGCUGAACCCUAUUCAGGGUAACAACCGGGUCAUCAUGGGAUCUGUACAAGACCCUCCGGUUUCUGAUGCCAACAGCCGUAAUGACAUCGUCCCAUAUAACCAAGACCUUACCAAGCAAGCAGCAAACACUUUAAAUACAGACAAUUGGUCGAGUUUUGACAAAACCGUGAAAUCCAUGUGGCAAAAAGGAAGUCAAAUGAAAAGGACUAGCAAUGAAGAUAAUAUAAUAGCUGCUGGUCAGCAACAAUCUGAAAGCCUUAUUAACAAAAACAUGGAGAAACUACUCCCUGGGGAAGAAGGCAGUGAUGAAAACCAAAUUUGGUUGAAGCGGAGGAAGAAUUCUAGACGAGGAAUGCGCAGAGAGGAGAAGGGGUUAGGGAUGGAUGAUGAUUUAGAAGAAUACUAUUUUAUGAAAUCCAAGUCUGUCAUUUCCAAGCUGUGGAAAGGGAAUGUGUCGUCCAAGAUGCUGAACCCACGAUUGCAGAAGGCCAUGAAAGACUACAUGAAUGCCAACAAACACCAUGUAUACUUCACAGGAAAGAGGAGCACUAAAAAGCUAAGCAGGGAAAAACUGCUUUGUGAGAUGAAGAACCAGCUGAAAGUGAGGACUCUGGAUGGGACGGAGACGCCCUUUUCUACACUCGGAUGGGAGCAGCACGUUCCGAAGUUUUCCAUCGACAAACUCUAUCCGUCUGGCUUCAGAAGCUGUGCCGUUGUCACAUCUGCAGGUGCAAUGCUGAACUCCUCCUUGGGGAAAGAGAUUGAUUCGCAUGAAGCAGUCUUGAGGUUCAAUGCUGCCCCAUUAGAGGGUUAUCAGAAGGAUGUGGGAAAUAAGACUACUAUUCGUAUUAUUAAUUCCCAGAUUCUUGCCAAUCCAAACUACCGCUUCAAUACCAGCACACUGUACAGAGAUGUCACGCUGGUUGCCUGGGAUCCAGCCCCUUACUCAGUAAAUCUCUACAAGUGGUAUAAGAAUCCAGACUACAACCUCUUCACACCCUAUGUGGAAUAUCGAAGAAAGCACCCGGUGCAGCCCUUCUAUAUACUCCACCCUAAAUUCAUCUGGCAGCUGUGGGAUUUAAUCCAGGGAAACACCCUGGAGACAAUUCAGCCCAAUCCACCUUCCUCUGGCUUUAUUGGAAUCCUCAUGAUGAUGUCACUCUGUGAUGAAGUCCACGUCUACGAGUACAUCCCCUCACUGCGGCAGACAGACCUGUGUCACUACCAUGAGCGAUACUACGAUGCUGCCUGCACCCUGGGGGCGUACCACCCGCUGCUCUACGAGAAACUGCUGGUUCAGAGAAUCAACAAGGGGACGGACAUCGACGUGCAAAAGAAGGGGAAAGUUAUCCUUCCUGGAUUCAGUGCCAUAAAGUGUGACAAAUGACUGUAAUCCUCAUGAUUUGGUUGGGUGAUAAUAUUAGUGCAAUAAUCAAUUACUUGCUAGUUAAAAUGAAAUGAAAUAAAACUUGAAACUCUUUUGACCACUUUAGUAUAGACUUUUUCUCUGUAUCCUGGAUGGUAAGCAUCCUGCUUUCUCUUUUUCAUUACUGAAUGAGAAGAAGCUGUACAUCUGUAGAAGAUUGCUUAAGGCAUAUUUGUUUGCAAUUGCUCAGCCUAAAAUAGUUCAGACCUGUACAUUUUAUCACUUUCAUGCUUAACGUGUCACAAACACAAAAAGCAGUUGACUCCUUUGUGUCUCUGACGCCCCAGAGUAAAUCCCCCUGAAAAAAGACUUCAUUUAUAAGGAGUUAUUGGACUAAAAAGGUAUUUUAGACGAGCAUCUAAAUCAUUCACUACACUUUUGAUAGUGUAACAUUUGUUUAACUUUGGCAUUAUAAAAAAUGUUCUGUUAUCACAGUAGCAUUUGUAAGUUGUAACUGUUCUAUUUUAAGAUGGUGAAUUAAAUUGUCCCCUGAGAUCUAUAACUUGCAUCUUAAUAGGGGAAAAAUGUGUUGUGGUUUUUUUUUUUUUUUUUUUUUUUUGUGGGUGUUUUUCUGCUUAUGCCGUAAGUGGUGUUGAAUACUCUAGGUUUUAAUUAUCAAGUGCAUGAAUUGCGUGAAUAGCAGUGUUUGUAUUAAUCACUCCGUAAGGCAGCAAUGUACAUUUCAAUGUAAUGCACUAGACUUCAAGCCUUUGCAUUGUUCAGUACGUGCAAUUCAACAGUAUGUUCUAACAGCCUUAACUAUCCAGGAGAUAAAGGCGGCGAAAAGAUUUUCCAAAAACCAACUCAUUUAUAAUGUCAACAUUUUUUUUUUUGUGAUUUUUAUCUUACUGUCCUAAUUUUGUACUGGACAAAAUCUGUUUUGUACCAAACAUACUUUGUAGAAACUGACAGUUUGUAAACAGUUUGCAAAUUUCUCUUGUUCACUAAUUUUUUUUUUUUUUUUUACAUUGUAAAUAUAAACCUAAAUUUUUGGAAUUGUCUCAAUAUGACAUUAACAAGGUUAAUGCUACAGUGUGUAUGAGGUUUGGAGGAAAAUAUAUUCUUUUACCUUCAUACUUCUACUGUGCAUUUACUGCACCAUUCCUGUUUUUAUUUUAUUUUUAACGAUACUUGUGUGUGCUUUACCAUGUUUGUCCAUGCUUUACCUUACCUUACUAAACUUGUCCCAUGCUGUGUUUUUGCUAUGGUGUAUCACUGUUAACUUUGAGGGUAAUAAUGGCGUAAUUGAUUAUCGAUGUUUCAUAAAUGAUUUAGAUCAAAUUCACAUAAUUGCUUCCCUUCACAUGGAGUAUAAGUGCACCGUUUUUUAUUUUGGAGCAACUGAAUAUUAUACAAUAAAAAGAAACACUUUUGUUAAUUCAA